AUCUAACUUUUAUCUUUGCCAACCAUGCUGUUUAUGCUAUCUGUGUUGGCCUUCUUUGCCCUUGUGGCUCUGCUCAUCUUUCGAUAUCGCGUUUCUCUAGCACCCUAUGUUCCUGAGCGAGUGAAGGCUUUCUUUCCCAAACUGAGACAUUACACUCCUCUUUCGACCUUUGCCGAACAAGCAAAUGCAGGCCUUUCCUCCUCUGACUUUGACAUUGAGGCGAAUUUGCGAAAUGGUGAUUCAAGAACUGGCCUCGACGAGCAGGGCACGCAAGAGGUCAUGGAAAUUAUGCAGAGAGAGCGUGUAAACUUUGAUCAGGCUCGGCUGAUUCGUCACAACCGGAUUCUUGCUCACAAUGGGAUCGAUGCAUCAGGGAUGCCGCUAGAUUCCAAGGCGGUAACGCACUUGUGACCUUCAAACCUAUUAUUUCGUAUUGUUCUUUGUUAAAGGCUGUUUCUGCCAUUCCACACAGCCUUCUACUACGUUUCUGAUCCACCGUCAUCUGAUGUUCUUUUAACCUUUCAUUUACACACCGAUGCGUAUUCCUAUGCUUUUGUAUCAAAGAUCUGUUGUAAUCUACACCUUUUCACGGUCGACCUUAGUACAAGCCCAGCGAUUUGGAGACCAAGUUCAUAUCAAGCAGUCCACCAGAUCGCAGUCCUGUAGACCGUGCUCAGUCUAAAUGAUUAGUGUUAGUUGAGAGAAGCCGUACAUCCACAAUCUGGCAUAGUCGUGCACACGCACCGCCAACCGUACCGAAUGUACUGUUCGACCAAUGAUCUUGGUGGCUCAAAUACAUACCGAAUUGAUGCACAAUAACUUGCUUGGAGUGAGUUCUGG